UGCUUUUUAAUUUUUAUAUUCUUCCUCCCUCUUUCGGACAGGGAGCUCGCGCGCUCCCCCUCCUCCUCCUCCUCACCAUGGCUUCUAACUUCAACGACAUAGUGAAGCAGGGAUACGUGAGGAUACGGAGUAAGAAACUGGGGAUCUUCCGGAGGUGUUGGCUGGUGUUCAAGAAGGCCUCCAGUAAAGGGCCCCGGCGGCUAGAGAAGUACCCUGAUGAAAAGGCAGCCUACUUCAGGAGCUUCCACAAGAUCACCGAGCUCCAUAACGUCAGAAACAUCACCCGGAUACCGCGGGAGACAAAGAAGCACGCCGUGGCCAUCAUCUUCUGCGACGACACGUCCAAGACAUUCGCGUGUGAAUCAGAGCUAGACGCAGAGGAAUGGUGUAAGCUGCUGUGCGUGGAGUGCCUGGGCAGCCGUCUCAACGACAUCAGCCUGGGAGAGCCAGACCUGUUAGCAGCGGGUGUGCAGCGGGAGCAGAACGAGCGCUUCAACGUCUACCUGAUGCCCACGCCGAACCUGGACAUCUACGGCGAGUGCACCAUGCAGAUCACCCACGAAAACAUCUACCUGUGGGACAUCCACAACGCCCGCCUCAAGCUCGUCAUGUGGCCCCUCAGCUCCCUGCGCAGAUACGGGCGAGACUCCACCUGGUUCACCUUCGAAUCCGGAAGGAUGUGUGACACAGGAGAGGGUUUGUUCACGUUCCAGACGCGGGAGGGGGAGAUGAUCUACCAGCGGGUCCACUCGGCCACGCUGGCCAUUGCCCAGCAGCAUGAGAGGAUGAUGGAGGAGAUGGAGAAGAGCUCCCAGAUCCACUCCAGAGAGACGUUAACCAAGUCCAUCUCCCUGCCGCGCAGCGCCUACUGGCAGCACAUCACGCGUCAGACCAGCGUGGGGGAUCUCUACAGUUACCAAGGAAGUGGCCUGACCAUGAGCUUCAUCCCCCGAGCACAGACUUUCCCCAGCUUCCUGUCUGAUGAGCCUGAGCACGAGGGCGGCAGCCAGCACCAGGAAGAAGCACCAUCGCCCUCUAGUGGCCGUGCCUCGGGUUGCAGCCGGAGACCCCUUCAAUGACAGAGGAUUGCUGGAGCAACACUGGACACUUUACCCACCACUGUAGAGAGGAUGUAGAAAUAUGUAUAGUCACAUGUGUAAUAUAUGAUUUCCCGAAUAGUGUCAACUGUAGAGCGAGUGCUACCGUUUUAUUUUUCCUCGUACGACGUGUGUCAGCAGAAGUAGCUUCCAAGAUUGCACCAAAAAUCCUUUGAGUGUAGUUUUCAAGUGUUUUAUGUUGUCAUUAUCCUCUUAAAGCCGGCAUGAGUUCCCCCGUUUUUCUUUCAAGCCGCUGCACUACACCGUA